CUUUCACUUCAGCAGCUCCAUCUAGCCCCGCCCAGGACAGGCCCCCCUCGCACAUGCGCAGUAGAGCGUGUGUGAGAGAGGCCCGGCCUUUUCCCUCCUCCUCCUCCUCCUCCGCUGCUGCUGCCGCCGUCGCCGCCGCCAUGCCGAAGCUGAGCAAGGAGGCCAAGCAGCGCCUACAGAACAUCUUCAAAGGCGCUCAGUUCACCAUCCGGUGGGGCUUCAUUCCUGUCGUGCUCUAUCUAGGUUUUAAGAGGGGUGCAGAUCCUGGAAUGCCUGAGCCAACCCUUUUAAGAUCUUUGUGGUCAUAGGAGGCUGUAGGCGGGAGAAAGAACAAUAAAAAACGGUUCCAUGAAUGAAGAGUUCCAGUCUGCAAAGUUCUUCUCUGCCCAGAUUUAGAGCCAAGUGAUAUAUUGCCAGAAGAAAUGCACCUCUCUCUAGGGAAUCAUUUUUUUUUUGUUGACUUAGGCAAUCCAACCCAGAUGAUUGCAUGGAUAAACGGAAAAUUUAGCAACACGUUACGAAUUAAACAUGCAUUAUGACAUAUCGAUAGUGAAGCAAAUAUUAUCCCUCUGAUGCAUCAUACCUGAUUCAUGUUCUGAAAGCAGACAUUUAGUUUCCCUCAUGGUUACAGUAACAGAACUUGUCCUGAGAUGCUUUGUGUGUACAAAGGUAGUAUUUUCAUGAGCUGUAAACUCACAUAUUCCUAUGAGUAGCUUAUCCACACUCUGUCAAAGAGGACAGCAUGUUAUUGUUGUUUUUUAAAUUCUUGUGCCUAUUGUGUGACAGAGCUGAUAUGCUGGUAUGUAUUUUCUAAUUUCUUUGUUACAAUAAGAAAGAGCAGGUGUUAAGUCAGUUUAUAAUGGAACUACUUUUAUCACUUAGACAAUAGCUAACUUUAUGAUCCCAGUGUAGCAAUGUCUAUACUGAACUAGCAACAUGGCAUCUCU